UUCCGAUGGGAGGGUCGAUUGUGUUCCACAAGUCCCGCCUCACUCCGGGUUUCUUACUGAGGACUUGAGGUUAUAAAAUGAAGGAUUUUACUGUAACUGGGACGCGUUCUGUAGUUGGAGCUGUGUUUGGGAACUCGUGCACAGACACCGAGGUCAGGUCAAUGCUUUAACCACCGAGCACGCGGAGAGACGUCGCUGCCGGGUUUCCUUCCACUUCCACGCCGUACACCUUUGAUCCAGGCACCGGGAGAGAGCACGGGGCAGAGCCAUGGCAGAGGACGGCGACCAGCGCGCGCUGCAGUAUGAGCAAACUCUGAUGUAUGGGCGCUACACCCAGGAUCUUGGGGUGUACGCCAAAGAGGAGGCGGCUCGGUUGAGGGAGAGCGGACAGAGGCGAGCGGUCAGCGAGCGGAGUUGGACCUUUGACAGGCUGGAGUAUGAAAAGGGACGCUGUGCCAAGUGUCGCAGGUCAGGGUACCCGUAUGUUCUGGAGGUUCCGGCCCGGGACUUUAUCUCUGUUUGCACAGUUCGCUGUCAGAAGUUUCUGAUCUCUCGAGUCGGGGAGGACUGGAUCUUCCUCAUCCUGCUGGGACUCCUCAUGGCCCUGGUCAGCUGGGCGGUGGACUUCUGCAUCGUCAUCUGCCUACAAGCCCAGAAGUGGAUGUACGGUGGUCUGGACAGUAAUGUCUUCCUACAGUAUCUGGCCUGGGUCACCUACCCCGUGGUUCUCAUCACCUUUUCUGCUGGCUUCACCCAGGUCCUCGCCCCGCAGGCUGUCGGUUCAGGGAUUCCUGAGAUGAAGACCAUCCUGAGAGGGGUGGUGCUGAAGGAGUACCUCACUUUUAAAACCUUUGUGGCCAAAGUCGUCGGCCUCACCUGCGCUCUGGGCAGUGGCAUGCCCUUGGGCAAGGAGGGUCCCUUUGUUCACAUCGCCAGUCUGUGUGCUGCUCUCCUCAGCAAGUUCAUGUCUAUGUUUGGAGGAAUCUACGAGAACGAGUCGAGGAACAUCGAGAUGCUUGCAGCAGCCUGUGCUGUGGGAGUGGGCUGCUGUUUUGCUGCUCCAAUAGGAGGCGUGUUGUUCAGUAUCGAAGUAACCUCCACAUUCUUUGCUGUGAGGAACUAUUGGAGAGGUUUCUUUGCAGCCACUUUCAGUGCCUUCAUCUUCAGAGUGCUGGCUGUUUGGAACAGAGAUGAAGAGACCAUCACGGCUCUUUUUAAAACCCGUUUCCGCUUGGACUUCCCCUUUGACCUCCAGGAGCUUCCUGCCUUUGCUGUGAUUGGAAUCGCCAGCGGUUUUGGUGGAGCGUUGUUUGUCUACCUGAACCGGCUGAUCGUCCAGUUUAUCAGGAAACAGAAGGCCAUCAACAGAUUUCUCAUGAAAAAACGUCUGCUGUAUCCUGCACUCGUCACUUUAUUCAUCUCAACACUGACAUUUCCUCCCGGCUUCGGACAGUUUAUGGCUGGAAAGCUGACCCAGAAGGAGUCUCUGGUGACGUUACUGGACAACCGGACCUGGGCCAAGCAGGGCAUUGCUGAGGAAUUUGACCACAUUGGAAACUCUCAGGCCUGGAAACACCCGCAGGUCAACGUCUUCGUCACGCUGGUCCUCUUCAUUGUCAUGAAGUUCUGGAUGUCUGCCCUGGCCACCACCAUCCCAGUGCCCUGCGGAGCCUUCAUGCCGGUGUUUGUCAUUGGUGCAGCCUUUGGGCGUCUAGUUGGAGAAAGCAUGGCGGCCUGGUUCCCUGAUGGCAUCAACACAGAUGGAACCAUCUACCCCAUCGUACCAGGAGGCUAUGCCGUUGUGGGUGCAGCAGCCUUGUCGGGCGCAGUCACUCACACAGUUUCCACCGCUGUCAUCGUGUUUGAGCUGACCGGUCAGAUCUCCCACAUCCUGCCGGUGAUGAUAGCCGUGAUCCUGGCCAACGCCGUGGCCCAGUCCCUGCAGCCGUCCCUCUACGACUCCAUCAUCAGGAUAAAGAAGCUGCCGUACCUCCCCGAACUGGGCUGGGGUCACCAUGAAAAGUAUAACAUCCGUGUUGAGGACAUCAUGGUGCGAGAUGUUCGUUACAUCACACUCAACUGCUGCUACAGAGACCUGCAUAAUGUCCUGCUGUCUGGAAACCUCAAGACUCUGGCGCUAGUGGAGUCAGCAGAGUCGAUGAUCCUGUUGGGCUCCAUUGAGCGCGCUCAGCUGCAGUCGCUGCUCUCCCAGCAGCUCGGUCGCACCAGACGGCUGGAGUACAUCAGGGAGCGAACCGCCGCGGAGAAGAAGCGUAUGUCCGUCGUGUCCAAUGCAGACAGCGAGGACGGCAGCCGCCGGGCCAUUCAGGAAGUCCGAUUCCAGAUCUCCACUGAGGAGUCCUCCUUCAGUCCAGCUCGUCCGGUUUCUCAGAAGCCCCUCAAACCUGCGCUGAAAAGACCUCCAAUGGUGGAGAGAGCCACCGAACUCCCGUCCAGCCAGCAUGAUCAUUCUGGCAUCGCGUUGAAGAACCUGUUCUGCGCAAGUCCGGAUGUAGAAGGCCUGGAGACAAACAACAAUGUGGAGAGCCCCGUGUCUCCUGAGUACAGGAGACCGUCCAAACGAGUCCGGAUAUCUGUCUUGGAUGAUGGAGAUGUGGAAGACGACAUGACCCUAAGAGAGAUCGCAGAGUGGGAGGAGAAGCAGCUUGAUGAGCAGGUCAAUUUCAACAACUGCAAGAUCGACCCGGCUCCGUUCCAGCUGGUGGAGCGCACGUCGCUGCAUAAGACCCACACCAUCUUCUCGCUGCUGGGCCUGGACCACGCCUACGUCACCAGCAUUGGACGCCUCAUCGGGGUGGUUUCCCUCAAAGAGCUGCGUAAAGCCAUCGAGGGCUCAGUGACGGUGAAAGGUGUGAAGGUGCGCCCCCCCCUGGCCAGCUUCAGGGACAGCGGCACCAGCAGCAGCGAGUCGGAGGCCACAGAGCUCCACAAGCUGUGGGACCGCCACAAGAGCAUGUCACUUCCCCGCGAACACACGCCAUCCGAGUCCGAUGAGCUGUCCCAGUGAGGAAAACAUCCGCCGAGCAGGUGGAGGAAGAGCAUGCUAUGAGGUCUUUAAUCUCCAAAGCCACAAACAUGCAGAAAUCCUCAGGGCGAAGGAUCAAUAUUUAAUAAUGAAAAGAAUUUCCCUGCUGCACCACUUCCUCCUCCUCUCCUCAUCUGCUCCUCUACCUCCUCCAGCACCUCCUCCCGUGCUUCAUGGCCCAUCCAGUGCUUUCUUCAGGAGCUUUGCACUGACCCAGCCUGACACUCCACAGGAUGAGAGAAACAUAAUUUGUGACCUGCUCUCCGUUUAACCCUUGGGAUCCUCCAACAGAGCAGUUAGUCCAAAGCUGGGACUGAAUUUAA